AAUUAUUAAACUGCCGCUCGCCGCACACGAGCUGGCGCACUGGCUCGGCUCGGCUCGGCUCGGCUCAGUGCGCGCGCGCCCCUCUAUCCGUCCGCAUGCACGGGACCAUGGAUGCGACCCUCAACCGGAUCAUCUGGGCGGACUUCGAUUGCACUUUGCUGGACGCGUCGCAAGACACGUCGUGGGACAACGCUUCACUGUCACAAUUGAACGCUGAUGGUUUCUACUGUAGCGCCACCACUGAUGAGAUUGGCACCUGCUGGCCACAGAGCAACACCGGGAGGAUUGUGGAGAGACCCUGCCCCGAGUACAUCAAUGGAGUCAAGUACAACACCAACAGAAGCGCAUACAGGGAAUGCAUGGAAAACAGCACAUGGGCGCUAAAGAGCAAUUAUUCAAACUGCGUGCCCAUUUUAGACGAGAAGAGAAUGUAUCCCAUGCAUUACAAGAUAGCGCUGAUCAUCAACUACCUGGGCCACUGCAUUUCUGUGGGGGCGCUAUUAGUGGCCUUCAUCCUCUUCCUGUGCUUAAGGAGCAUCCGAUGUUUGCGCAACAUCAUCCACUGGAACUUAAUUACCACCUUCAUCCUGAGAAACGUCAUGUGGUUCCUGCUGCAGCUCAUCGACCACAACAUCCAUGAGAGUAAUGAGCCGUGGUGUCGCCUGAUGACCACAGUCUACAACUACUUUGUGGUCACCAACUUCUUCUGGAUGUUCGUGGAGGGCUGCUACCUGCACACGGCCAUCGUGAUGACCUACUCCACGGAUAAGCUGCGCAAGUGGGUCUUCCUCUGCAUCGGCUGGUGUAUUCCGUGUCCAAUAAUAAUAGCCUGGAGCAUCGGGAAGCUGUAUUAUGAAAAUGAAAAGUGCUGGUUCGGCAAGGACCCCGGGAAAUACAUCGACUACAUUUACCAAGGGCCUGUCAUUCUUGUGCUACUGAUAAACUUUGUUUUCCUCUUCAAUAUCGUCCGAAUACUGAUGACCAAACUGAGAGCGUCGACCACCUCAGAAACCAUCCAGUACAGAAAGGCCGUGAAGGCCACGCUGGUCCUGCUGCCCCUGCUGGGCAUCACCUACAUGCUCUUCUUCGUCAACCCGGGGGGGGACGACAUCUCGCAGAUCGUCUUCGUCUAUUUCAACUCCUUCCUGCAGUCGUUUCAGGGCUUCUUUGUGUCCGUCUUCUACUGCUUCCUUAACGGGGAGGUUCGCUCGGCGGUGAGGAAACGCUGGCACCGCUGGCAGGACAAUCACUCCCUGCGGGUGCGAGUGGCGCGGGCCAUGUCCAUCCCCACGUCCCCGACGCGGGUCAGCUUCCACAGCAUUAAGCAGACAACCGCUGUGUGAACACACACACACACACGCAGACAGUGGUUAUCGUGUGUGGUGGGGACCAGCAGCCGCACAUAGAUCGUGUGGUCCCCAGCUUUAACGGCAAACUGCUGUCAAAUGCUCAUUUUGUCAGGAACCUAACCCGCUGACUGGGGUUUCAACGCUGCCUUGGCUGGUGUGAAGCACACAAUUGGUGGGUGUGGUCAUGAAUUUAGAAUUUUUAGUUUAUUAUUCUCACAAUAGUUCCUCAGCGGGUAAUUGAACGCACGCUCGGAUGUAUAGUUUCCGUCGCACACCACACAUAGGACCAGAUCACACACAUGCAGGCACGCAAGGAGAGGUUCACCGCAUCACUUGAGCUGGGGUGGUGGGGACGAUUCCUUGCUUAAGGGCAGCAACAGUUGCCAUUUGCCCCUUCACUUCGAAGCCCAACACCUGACAGACUGAGCUACUUUCGUCCAUUAUGAUGCCCCGGGGGCAAAUGAAAGGAUGAAUGAAGUGAAUACUUGUCCAUAACCAACAUCAUGUUCAAGCCUAAGGGUGUCCAUAUGGGCACUUGGCACCAGACACCUUUGGCCACAGUUCGAUGAUCGACUUUGUGGUCAUGUCAUCGGACUUGCGGCCGCAUGUCUUGAACAUUCGGGUGAAGAGAGGGGCGGAGCUCUCAACUGAUCACCACCUGGUGGUGAGUCGGCUCCGAUGGUGGGGGAAGAUGCCUGUCCGACCUGGCAGGCCCAAAGGUAUUAUGAGGGUCUGAUGGGAACGUCAGGCAGAAUCCCCUAUUAGGAGUUUCAACUCCCACCUCCGGCAGAACUUCGCUCAUGUUCCGGGGGAGUCGAGGGACAUUGAGUCCGAGUGGACCAUAUUCCGCGCCUACAUUGGUGAGGUGGCCAACCGGAGCUGUGGCCGUAAGGUGGUCGGUGCCUGUCGUGGCGGAAAACGUGGCGGUCCUAUCGGGCCUUUUUGGCUUGUGGGACUCCUGCGGCAACUGAUUGGUACCGGCUGACGAAGCGGAAUGCAGCUUUGAUGGUCGCAGAGGCAAAAACCCAGGUGUAGGCCGUGGAAAAAGAUUUGCGGACAGCUUUGAGGAAACUUUGGUCUGCUAUCUGGCGUCUCAGGAGGGGGAAGCAGUGCACCAUCAACACUGUGUAUCGUGGGGAUGGGGCACUGCUGACCUCGACUCGAGACGUGAGUCUGUGGGGAGAAUACUUCAAAGACCUCCUCAAUUCCACAGACACGCCUUCCCAUGAGGGAGCAGAGUCUGGGAUCGCUGAGGCGGGCUCUCCUAUCUCUGGGGUUGAGGUCACCGAUGUGGUUAAAAAGAUCCUCUGUGGCAAAGACCCGGGCGUGGAGGAAAUUCGCCCGGAGUUCCUAAAGGCUCUGCAUGUUGUGGGACUAUCCUGGUUGACACGCCUCUGCAACAUCGCAUGGACAUCGGGGACAGUGCCUCUGGAUUGUCAGACUGGGGUGGUGGUCCCCCUUUUUAAGAAGGGAGACCGGAGGGUGUGUUUCAACUACAGGAGGAUCACACUCCUCAGCCUCCCUGGUAAGGUCUAUUUAGGGUUGCUGGAGACGAGGGUCCGUUGGGAAGUCGAAUCCCAGAUUCAGGAGGAGCACUGUAGUUUUCGUCCUGGCCGUGGAACAGUGGACCAGCAUUACACCCUCGGCAGGGUCCUCGAGGGUGCAUGGGAGUCUACAUGCGUUUAGUGGACUUGGAGAAGGCGUUCGACCGUGUCCCUCGGGGAGUCCUGUGGGGGGGUGCUUCGGGAGUAUGGGUUACCGAACCCACUGAUACAGGCUGUUCGGUCCCUGUACGACCAGCGUCAGAGUUUGGUCCGCAUUGCUGGCAGUAAGUCGGAUUUAUUUUUCUGGUGAGGGUUGGACUCCGCCAAGGCUGCCCUUUGUCACCGAUUCUGUUCAUUACUUUUAUGGACAGAAUUUCUAGGCGCAGCCGAGGCGGUUAAGGGAUCAGGUUUGGUGGCCUCAGUAUUGCAUCUCUGCUUUUUGCAGAUGAUGUGGUUCUGUUUGCCUCAUCAAGCCGUGAUCUCCAACUCUCACUGGAGCAGUUCGCAGCCGUGUGUGAGACGGUUGGGAUGAAAAUCAGCACCUCCAAAUCUGAGACCAUGGUCCUCAGUCGGAAAAGGGUGGAGUGCCCUCUCCAGGUCGUGGAUGAGAUCCUGCCCCAAGUGGAAGAGUUCAAGUAUCUCUGGGUCUUGUUCACGAAUGGAACGGGAGAUCGACAGGCGGAUCGGAAGAGUUGGAUGAAGUGGCUGGGGAGAGGUAAAUCUGGGCUUCCCUGAAGAUACUGCCCCCUUGACCUGACCUCGGGUAAGCGGAAGAAAAUGGAUGGAUGGAUGGAUGGAUGUUAAAUUGAUUUUUAGCUACCUGUUUUCAUUUUUAUAUGCUAAAAUAACCUCAGUUCAUGUUUGACAGAAAAAAAAUCGAAUCCCUCACCUUGUUUACAUUAACUUUGUUAUUUAUGUAUUUAUUUUGUGGAGAUUUUAACUGUAAAUGAAUGACAUUUUAUCAUGAGAAAUGGUUCAAUGUUUGUGUCUGUUAUACUGUGUACAGUUCCACGACUCCUCAUAUUAUGCAUCAUGUGUACAUUUGACCAUAUUAGCAUUUUGUACAAGUUUGUCACGUUACCUGGGCGAUCGCGCUGUACACCGUUACUGUAUGGGAACUGUUGCAGAAUACUACAUUUACUCAUAUACAACCAAUAUGUCACCGCCUAAUAGCAUAUUUAUGCUCACAUAUUUUGGAUUUUUGUUAAAACAGUUGCGAACAAAGCCAUUUUGUUUCCAACUCCCCAAAGAAAAUUACGAAAACGUCAUGUCAACACGUCAUCUAACAAAAAGCAAGCGUCUACAAAGUCAAGAAAAAAAAUACAUGUAUUUGUUUAUUCGGGUCCUAACUGUCGAUCACGUCCAUUAUACACUUUGCAACGAAAUGUGACAUCAUUUUUGACCUAACUAUACUGUAUAUACUGUAUAUUUGAUGUACAUUUUUGCUGGAAAGCAGUUUGCUAAGUCACAGGUUUUGCCUUACAAACAUUGUUUGUCUGUGUGCGUCUUGUCUUUGUGUGUGUGUGUGCGUGUGAGAGAGAGAGAGAAUAUAUAUGUAAAUGUACUUGUGUUACUAAUACCAUUGACUGUGUUUUCACGACCAUAAGGCGCACCGUAUUAAAAGGCGCAGUGUCA